AAGAAGAACUUAGCCAUUGGCCAUGGCGCUUUCCUCUGCGUUUCGAGAAAGGCUUGAAACCAUGGAGCAUUCUAGAAACCAACGCCUAGCUCUCCUCCAGGCGGAGAAAGAGCUUCAAGCGAACAAAUCUCAGGUUUUGGAAUCGAAGCUGGCUCAUAUUCGGUCCAGGGAACAGAGAUGCUUGUGGCUUGAUCAAAAGAUCGCUUCGCAAAACUUUAAAAUCUCUUCUCUCAAAUCUGGAAUUGAAAACCUCGACGCCAAAUAUAAUUCCAGCUCUCAACAAUUGAAGGUUUUGAAAAGUGAGAUCGAGGAGCUUGAAGAGGUGGAGAAGGAAAAGGAUAAGUUUUACGAAUCGAAGAGUUCAGAAAUCAAUGAAUUUAGGGAAAAUGUGGGGAGGUUUUUGAUGGAAUCUCGAAUUCGAGUGCAAGAGUUGAGGAACUCUGUGAAUGAGAUGAAGUCAACUUUUAUGGAACUUCAAGGCAACAAUGGGUAUACGAGUAACUACGAGAUAGAUGAGGCAGAGAUGAAAAAGGCUGAACUGUUGGCCAUGAAAGAGAAUUUAACAAAAAGUUUGGCUUCAAAUUACCAAAUAAGAGCAGAGUUGCAAAAGCAGGUUGAGAAUAUGUUGGCUGCACAAAAUCAAGAGAGGUGGAAACAAGAUAACAGGUUCAUGAAGUUUGCAUAGAAGCCAAGCAAUGUUAUCCAAAUAUUAACCCUUCUUAUAAUAGGUUUGAGCUCUUUGUAGGUUUGGUAGGAAUGAACAAUAAUUUGGAACUUCGAUUUAUGUUGUGGAUCUAUGAACCAUAAUGAAGAGCGAAUAUGAAUUUUCGGUUUUUCUUGUCA